AUGGACGGCAACCGUGGAACUAUCACCUUACAUAAUAACUGCCAGUUUCCUUUAUAUGUGGAAGGAGUCGCAGGGGUUUCGUACCUCAAGACUGAACUUCAACCAGAGACUAAUAUCUCUGAUCCAUUUCGACUGACUAUCAAUGGCACUGGGAACUCCGUGAAGGUUGCAACCUACGACGGAAGCUCCGAUAUCACCCAAAUAGAAUACAGUGCGUGUUUUCAAAAUGAUAGGCAUAUCAACUGUCAUCCGUCUAAUAUGAUAUUCUACGAUAUUUCUAAGAUUAAUGGACUGUCAAAUACGGGAUACGGAAUACGCAUUGUGCCAAGCCUUCAGGGAUGUGCCACUGUCGAUUGCCCCUCUGGGGUUGAAAAGUGUGACAUGGUCUAUUACCACCCCCACGACGACUAUGCCACCAAAGCCUGCGAUGUACGCGCAGAUUUGAAUGUCGAGUUUUGCGCAGCAUGA